UGGUACUCGCCAAGUCGAACGAUCUCCGUCGAUUGGUGCUUUCGGAUAUGGAGGAACACAAACCCGUAACCAUCCAAUGCACGUCUUCCUUCUCCCUAUCUCCCUAUCUCUCUUUCUCUCUCUCUCUCUCUCUCUUUUUCCUUCUCUGUUGCUCCAAUGCAAAGAUUGUUGCUUAGCUUUUCUUCACGCGUCGUGGUUUUCAGUCACCGACUUAGCCACUCGGUCAUUCGUUUCGUUGCCUCGCAACUCGUAGUUUGUUACUUAGCAGGUGGGCACCGGUCGCUUGCAAAUUUGUCUAGCCGUUCCGUAUUAUCAGUGCACGUUGUCGGGCAGUUAAUUUUCACUUCCGUUUGUUUUUUGGUUUGUUUUUUAUUUUUAUUUUUUUUUUUUUGUCGGUUAUAAAAUUACAUAAACAUAAAACGACAGAAGCCAACUUGACAGUUUAAUUAUUUAUACGCUGUUUGUUUUUUUUCAUCUAUCGCUUCUUGGUUGUUGAAAGGAAAGAAAAAAGUGUCAAAGCGAUAAAAGAAGGUGAAUUUUUACGUAAAAUAUAUCGUUACUACAAAUAUAAUUUCGAAAAUAGUAUGUCAGUUGUGAACGGGCUAAUUGAAUUUCGCUAUCGAUAUUAUGUGUUCUUUUUAUUUGAAAACUUUACGGAUAAUAAUUAAAUCGGGAUUAAUAAUUGUUGGUAAUUUUUAAAUAUACAUAUAUGUCGUACGUACAACGUUUUUAGUGAGAGAAUAAAAGCGAGAAUUAUACACGUAUAAAUAUUUUUUACAUAGCAUAUAGAUGUAUAUAUAACAUAUAUAUAAAUAAAAUUGAAGAACGAAGUUUAAAAAAAAGAAGGAUAUUUUUCGAACGAGCAUUUAUUGCACAAGCCGAACGUUUCCUUCACUUUGACUUGUGUUAGAAAAUAUACCAAACUCAAAAAUGGUAGCUCGGAUUUUUGCGGCCCAUGGCCGUUUUUGCGCUAGUCAUUCCCUCGAGGUGAUCGUUGGUACAUUGACGUUAACUGCUUGUAUGCUCACUCUGGAAACUGGUAACAAUCACCAACGUGACAAGGGUCUUCACACCGGUAAACAUUGCUGGAAUGGUCGCUGUAACUCUGACGAUCUUAAUGCCGCCGAUAUGAUAGUGAUGACGAUCAUCCGGUGUCUGGCGGUGCUCUACAGUUAUUAUCAAUUUUGCAAUCUGCACAAAUUGGGCUCAAAGUACAUUUUGGGUAUCGCUGGUCUUUUUACGGUGUUUUCCAGUUUUGUCUUCACCUCUACCGUAGUUAAUUUUUUGCAGAGUGAUAUUUCUGAUCUGAAAGAUGCUCUUUUCUUCUUUUUAUUGUUGAUCGACUUGUCAAAGGCUGGUGUGUUGGCACAAUUAGCUCUUAGUUCAAGGAGUCAAGAAGAAGUCCGUGCCAAUAUUGCACGAGGAAUGACGCUACUGGGUCCUUCUAUGACAUUGGAUACUCUUGUGGAAACUUUACUCAUUGGUAUCGGUACUUUAUCUGGUGUCAGAAGACUUGAAAUAUUGUGCUGCUUUGGCUGUCUCAGCGUCAUUGUCAAUUACGCCAUAUUUAUGACCUUCUACCCGGCGUGUUUAUCGCUCAUUCUUGAGCUAUCCCGUGGCAGCAUCACCAUCGGACAACUCAGUGCGGAUAAAAUGUUGCUGAUGCAUUCCUUCCACGAAGAGGAUCAGAAGCCAAAUCCAGUCGUCCAACGGGUCAAACUGAUAAUGAGUGCUGGUCUGAUGUUGGUUCAUGCACACAGUCGUUGGCCUUUCAAGCAUGAGGAUUGCUCCGACGUUGUGGAGGGGACUAUAUCACAAGUAAAUUCUCAUAUUGUGGUGAACAACCAUAACGACACAGAAGUACCAAAUGAACUUCACGAAUAUUUUAUGAAGUGGUUGUCCGUCAGUGCAGAUCAUAUUGUUAUUUUAAUUCUACUUCUGGCGUUGGCGAUAAAAUUCAUAUUCUUCGAAGACAAAGGAGAACUCACCGAGCAAUUGAGACUCACGGAAGAAAGUGAAAAACAGAAGAAAAUAUCGGACGAUAAUAUGCAGACAGCUUCGCUAGACGUUUCCCUGAGGCAAGGAUUCGGACAUCUAACGCCAACUAUGCAUACAUCUGUUUUUCCUGGGCUUACCGGAGAAUGGAUUGAAGUUGGCAGUGGGUUGGAAAUCAAAUUAUUUGACAAAGAAGUUCAAACGGAUGAAAAUAUCCUCUGCUCUCAUUUGACGGAUUCUACAACUGAAAGUUCACAAGAGAAACCUACAACAUGCCGGAGCGUCGAGGAUUGUCUCGCAAUUUACAAAUCUGAAUUGGGUGCCAGUGUUUUAUCUGACUCUGAAGUGAUACAAUUAGUGAAGCAUAAAUACAUUCCUCCGUACCAACUCGAAAAAGCGGUCGGGGAUAUGGAACGAGGGGUUAAUCUCCGUCGCAUGAUUGUAGGAACAGCUGGAAAUUUCAUGGAGCACUUAUCUGACUUACCUUAUACAAAUUACGACUACAGCAAAGUCUUGGGAUCGUGCUGCGAAAAUGUGAUUGGUUAUAUACCCAUACCCGUUGGCAUAGCUGGUCCUUUACUUCUCGAUGGUGAACUUAUUCAUGUUCCUAUGGCUACUACAGAGGGCUGUUUGGUAGCGUCAACAAAUCGAGGCAGUCGGGCUCUGAUGAAGUGUGGAGUAACGAGUAGAGUUGUUGCCGAUGGCAUGACAAGAGGACCCGUAGUUCGAUUUCCAAGUAUGCCCAGAGCCAGCGAAGCUAUGGCGUGGAUGCAGGUGGAGCGUAAUUUUUCGGAUAUGAAAAAGUCUUUCGACUCGACGAGUAGGUUUGCAAGGUUGACGAGGAUACACAUUAGAAUCGCUGGUAGAUGUUUGUACAUAAGGUUUGUAGCCACGACUGGCGACGCUAUGGGUAUGAACAUGUUGUCGAAAGGUACAGAAAAGGCCUUGCAAACAAUGCAAACGGUUUUCCCUGAUAUGGACAUUGUGUCGCUCAGUGGAAACUUCUGUACCGACAAAAAGCCAGCAGCUGUUAAUUGGAUCGAGGGAAGAGGAAAAAGUGUCGUUUGCGAAGCAAUCGUUCCAGCAGAUGUAGUAGCUACUAUAUUAAAAACUGACGUUCCUGCAAUCGUCGAUGUUAACAUAACCAAAAAUAUGAUCGGUUCUGCGAUAGCCGGCAGCAUUGGUGGUUUCAAUGCACACGCAGCAAACAUUGUCACCGCUAUAUAUAUCGCCACCGGACAGGACCCCGCCCAAAAUGUUGGGAGCAGUAACUGUAUGACUCUCAUGGAACCUUUUGGACCGGAUGGUGCCGAUCUGCACAUAUCCUGCACUAUGCCGAGUAUUGAAAUUGGAACCGUUGGUGGAGGCACAGGAUUACCGGCUCAAGGUGCUUGCUUAGGAGUUUUGGGUGCCAAAGGAGCUCAUCCAGAAACGCCGGGAGAAAAUGCCAAUCGUGUGGCCAGAAUAGUUUGUGCCACCGUACUUGCUGGAGAGUUAUCUUUGAUAGCAGCUCUUGCAGCAGGGCAUCUAGUCAAAAGUCACCUUAGGCAUAACAGGUCUUCUACAGCGAUGAGUAAUCCGGUGAAUUUAACAAGAACAAAUGUGGGUGAAAAUUUAGCUGUUCCAAACAUUGUAUCACCGACAGAAUCCCCGUGUACGGGACCUGCUCGGCAAUCAUAGCAGUAAUUUUUAUUAUUUCAAAAAUCGAAAUUGUAUUCAAUCAACGAAUCCGUCGUGAAGAAGAACAGAUUCGUUGUUCCACGGAGAAGUAAAUACCUCUGCAAACUGCGUUAUCAGAUGAGUAUAUUUAUCGGAUGAGGAAAACGCGUGUCUCGAAGAAUAACAAGCCCUAUCAAACACACUUAUUGUUGGAGCAAUCGAAUCAAAUAUCUUAAUAAUAAUGUGUGAAUGCUUAGUGUUACGAAAUUUAUAUAUCGAGAGUACCAGAAGUAGGAAUUGCGGAUGCAGGAGCAAAGGCGGUUUCUCCCCACGUUAAAGUAGUUGUAAGUAUGUAGUUAUAAUAAGUAGGCGUUAAGAAUACCGAUGGUAACGCGUUUUACUUUCCCCUACCAUUCUGAAAUGAUGAUCGUUCGAAAAUUGAAUAAAGGUAAUGAAACCUGAAUUCAGCUUACAUGUAUGCGUAGCAUAUUUAGAAAUAAUGAACGGGAGUAUCUUCACGGAACAGAUAAUCUAUUAUUACAUGUAUACAUGUAUACAUGUAUACCUACCUUGGUCAAUAUAUUUUUUUUUCAAUUAAAUAUCCAAUACGAAUUAUUGAUUCAUCAUGGUUUCAUUGUUAUUUUUUUGUUUGUUUUUUUUUUUUAUCCUGUAACUUGAUUCAAAAUUUUAUUAACGCUUUGCGAGUGAAAUGUACUACCUGUUCUAACUCUAAGCAGAAAACAAUAUAAUUACGAAGAUUUACAAAAAAAAAAUAGAAAAAAAAAAAUAAAAACCAUUAGGAACAGCCCGUAACUGCCAAAAGACGUUGCGUAGAAAAUAUAGAAUUGAGCAUAAUGUAGGUUUUAUGUACUCGUCUAAUUAUAAUUAUUAACAUUAAAAAAAAAUUAUGGCACUUGAUGAGCCAACUUAAUAUUAAAACGAAAUAACUUCUGCGUGAGGAUCGUUUAAGACACUUAUUCUACUUUUAUUUGAUAUCCUGCUUCAAACUUGACAGGGCCAAAUUGAUCGUGACAAUGAUAAUAAAAUACUUAUCACUUGUAAGUUAUUGAACUAGCAUAAUAGUAAAAAAAAAAGUUGGACCUGAUUGUUCUUCAGAUAUUUUAUUGUAUGGCGGAACAAAUUAACAUAUACGUGAAAAUUUAUAGCAAAAUAUGAAAUUAAAGUUACAAAUUCUUUAAAAAUGAUUAGAUACCUUAUUAUAAAAUUACAACAAAACAAUUGCAAAUGAUUAUGAAUAAAUUCGGAUGCGAUGAUUGUUCACUUAUCCUUAAAUAAUGCAAUAAAAGGUACACAUUUGCAGUUUACUUCUAAA